AUGCAAUUCAACGGAUGGCUGUACUGGUGUAUAAUCAUAGCUAUCUGGCUUUUCUGCGUCGAAUGUGCUCCGAGUCUUCACCCAGCGAAUUCCUUUUCCCCUGUGAGCUUGUCACUCAAGCCCCAGCGUGCCGAACGGGCCUCGUCCGAUUUUCAACGCCGGGCUGGACCAUCAGACUCGAAUGUUCGACCCCAAUCAGCUCAACUCAUCGUCUCAUCACCUUUUCAAUUGCGAUUUUCACACUACACCGUGACGGAAGACCGCGUGGUUGCAGGCCGCACCGAUCCAAUCAAAGUUUAUCGUGCAAAGCUUCAAGAUCUCGAAGAUCCCCGUCAGCGUCCGGAGACUGUGGCUAUGAAGAACUCACAUGAGGAGGAUUUAAUUCGUGGGGGGUUGAUUCAAGCUGAACUCGCAAGACACAUCAAAUACAUCAUGCCUGUGAAAGCGAUCUUAGUGGUCCAGGGUAGGGAUAUCAGCAAGCCAAACUGGCUUAUGCUACCCUUUCGAUCACCUAAGACAGAGUUCCGAAGGAUGAUUCUUUCAAACCAAAUUAACGACAAACUCCGAGUGGUGGCCAUAGCACAAUUGUCAGAAGGGCUGAAGCUCCUCCAUGCAGAGGGCUACUAUCAUGGCAAUAUUCGAGCACGAAAUGCAAUGUUAUGGAUAGACGAGCUGGGUUAUAUGACCAUGCAGUGGAUUGAUUUUGAUACUGUUGGUACUGCUGCAACAGCAACAGACCGCCUAGGCAUAUCAGGAUAUGGCUCACCAGGUACCCAUGUUCUCUUGAUCCUUAACUAUUCAAAUUCUAACAAAUCUCGAACAGAAUGGUUUUAUUUGAAGCGCAUUGAGCAUCAGAAUAUUCGAUAUUCUACACAUGCUUCAGAUGUGUUUUCACUGGCAAUGUUAGCCCUACGAGCAAUAUAUCUCUACCAACUCUCCUACGACGACUUUGUGGAUGAAUGGAAAGACAUAAUCCAACUUCACGAUCCAGAAAGCAUCGUGAGAUAUUUAACCUGGCUGGAAAGGCAGGGAGAUCUCCAAAGAGAAAUGACCGAAGGAAUGCGCAAUGUUUUCGCGCGGUCUCUAUGUUUAGAGAGGUAUCAACGCUUCACUGCUGCUGAAUUUAGUGAUCACUUUAGUUGGGAAAUGAGGUCGGUCAUUGGGAACACUAUGGAAUGCUGA